AUGUUGGGGCUCAAAGCGACCAUGACGGUCAUCGAUAAUUCGGGCGCCUUGGUUGCAGAAUGUGUAAACGUUUUACGAACACCAUCCUCAAAAGGAUUGGCAAGGAUAGGAGAUGAAAUUGUGAUUGUAGUGAAAAAAGCAAGACCUAUUCCACACGAUGCACCAUCUUCAGCCACAACACAAAGAGUUCGUCGUGGUGAUGUUCGACAUGCAGUAGUGGUAAGGACGGCAAAGGAAACGACACGAAAACUCGCAGAUGGAAGAACGGUUCGAUUUGAUGAUAACGCUUGUGUUUUACUGAACAAUCGUAAAGAACCUCUAGGAACACGUAUCAAUGGAGUUGUUGGAGCGGAACUAAGGACCAAGGGAUGGAGUAAGAUCCUAGCUUUGGCUUCUAAGGUCGUCUAA